AUGAGUCUUCUUGAACUGUUCGGUUUAUCGGUUAUACUUUACUACGUAAUUUACGUUUUCCUAUGGAUUCUGCUCGACUGUAAUGUUCGCCUGUGGUGGAAAAUUCAUUUUGGUGUUUCCAUUUCGACACUGCGUGGCCAGGUUGUGUGGAUAACCGGCGCCUCCAGUGGUAUUGGCAAAGCAUUGGCUAUCAAUUUAGCUCGCCACGGUGUACGAUUGGCGUUAUCAGCUCGCCGCACUGAAUUGCUAGAGAAAGUGAAAGAAGAAUGCCUGAUCGAGGCCAAAGGUCUGUUGGCCGACAAAGAUGUUUUGGUGUUGCCCAUGGACAUGUUAAAAUUGGAAAAUCACAAAAAGUGCCUUAACGAUGUCCUCAAUCAUUUUGGAAAAUUGAAUAUCCUGGUAAACAAUGCCGGACGUUCACAGCGUGCCAAUUGGGAGGAUAUCGAAAUUGAAGUGGAUCGUGAGCUGUACGAAUUGGAUGUUUUUUCGGUGUUGCAUUUGUCACGUUUGGUUGUGCGUUACUUUGUCGAACAGGCAGGUGGUCAUGGUCAUUUGGCUUGUACAUCCAGUGUUGCCGGAUUAACGGUGGUACCCUUUUCGGCCAGUUAUUGUGCAGCCAAACAUUCCAUCAAUGCCUAUUUUGGUUGUUUAGCUUUGGAACACCCCUCAUUGGAUGUGACACUAUUCAAUCCAGGUCCCGUAGCAACAGAUUUCCUGAAGGAAGCCUUUACCUCCCAGCAAAACGAGAAAGUUGGUCAAGACACCAAGGAUCAGAAACGUUUGACAGCUGAACGUACGGGAUUCCUAUUUGCCACUGCCUUGGCCAAUAAAGUGGAAAUGUGUUGGUGUGGUCUAUUCCCCGUUAACUUAUUGGCCUAUGUGUCACAAUAUAGCCUAUUGAGGUUGUUGGUACGCUAUGCCAUGUCCGGAAAAACUCUACACAAAAUUAGAGAUGGUAAACUCUGA